UCCGGUGGGAGGGGGGGCGGGUAAACGGGGUUGGGUGGGUGGAGUCUCCAGAUGUCCCUAAGGGAGGCAUGCUGGAGACAGACCCUAUCAAGAUAGUCUCUUUCACAGACCCUCCAACCCAAGAAAGAUCCCUAGGGGAGUUAUUCUCACAGAUGAAUUCCUGGUGCGACUAGAGACACCCCCCCCCCACACACACAGGAGACACAUUCUCACAAGCGUGUGAUUUGCUAUGAAGAACUGUUCCCUCACCCUGAAAAUCACUCCUAAUAGAGAUAAUGUCUGAAAGAUGACGUUUCAUCUCAAUUUCUCCCGUCCUGAGGCGGCAUUUCUUCAAAGAUCCAAUAGGUGACAUAUUUGGGAACCCUGGAAAGACUAUCCCCCCAACGGGACGGCUCGAAGGAAUAUUCUCUUCUCUGUGGGAAAUUGUCUCCACCCCAGGGCACCCUUAGAUCUCCACUGAUGCAUUCUUCCAGAGUCACGUGUUCAAGCAAGAGGCUGGACCUCAUGGGAGUUUCCCCCUUAGAAAAACGUAUAUAUACACACAGACUUCCUUCCUUUGCCUCCCACAGGGCAGAGCCCCUCAAGUCUUGCAUCCCCUCCAGAGUCUCAGCCUCAUGAUCAGGAUUAAGGAGUCAGGCCAGGUCAGGAUAUAUUUAUAAGAGCGAUUAGCUGGUAGCUGGGGAGGGGGCAGAUGAAGCGAUUCUUACUCCGCCCCCAGUAAUCACUCUGCUGAGCCCAAACCAGACCAUGCUUCUCAGAGUUGGAGAGAACACCAUCUGAACCCUAGACAGAACGGGAAGGCCUUUCUUUCCUUGGGUGGCAGCCUGUAACUGACCCAAGGUCUUGGAGGGCAGGGUCUCUGGACUAGAGCGACCUCUGCCGGACAACGGGACCACAACGAGGUCUGGGUCAGUGUGUUCUUGGUUGAUCCUCACGUCUGCACCUUUGCCUGUAUUAUUGUUGUCUGUGUCUUUCUUUCUUUCUUUUGGUCAGCAUAGCCAUCUCAAUGAGUCUCUUGCUUGUACUGUCUUUUGUUCCCGGCUUGUAUUUUUCUCAGGUUCUGGGGCGGAAAAGCUGUCCAAGGUGCUGGCCUCGUGCUACUGUCCACGGUGCUGAAAUAUGAACACCCUGAAUGAAAUGAGGGCGCGUGUGUACACAGGGUCUUGCGGGAGGAAAAACCCACAAACAGGAUAAAUAUGACCCACAACGACCCUGGCCCAGCCCAGACAAAAAAUGGGUCCUGUAACUCGGUUCCUGGGGCCUCUGUAAUGCCACUGUUGACCACAGAAAGAUAGAGGCAGGAGUUCCCUACACCCUGGGCUGUACAGUGCUAUCUUACCAGAGGGGAAGGCAUUACUAAUUCAUUAAUUUCCUUACUCAACAUUUACUGAGUAUGUGCUGUGUGCAAGUGUAGAACAGGGUUUGGCAAUAUGGGAGUUCAUCAAUAAAAGACAUUAAAAAAACAAGAACAAAACAAAAACAAACAAACAAAAUCCCAUCCUUGGGGCUGGAGAGAUUUCUCUUCUCUUCUUUUCUCUUCUCUUCUUUUCUUUUUUCUUUCUUUCUUUUCUUUUCUUUCUUUCUUUUUUUUUUUUUUUUUUUUUUUGAGACAGGGUUUCCUCUGUAUAGCCCUGGCUGUCCUGGAACUCACUUUGUAGACCAGGCUGGCCUCGAACUCAGAAAUCCGCCUGCCUCUGCCUCCCAAGUGCUGGGAUUAAAGGCGUGCGCCACCACGCCCAGUGAGACUUCUCAUUCAUUAAGAGCACUGGCUGCUCUUCCAGAGGACCUAGGUUUGAUUGCUAGAACUCAUGUGGUGGCUUACAACCAUUCAUAACUCCAGUUCCAGCAGAUCUGAUAUCUUCUUUUGGCCUCCUUGAAAACCAGGUAUGCAUGAAAACAGACAUGCAUGAAGCCAAAACACCUAUACAAAUAAAAUAAUUUAAACUUUAUAUAUAUAUAUCAGUUGCUGCUCAUGCAAAGGAUGGGAGUUUGACUCCCAGAACCCACAUUGGGUAGUUCACAACAGCUUAUAACUCCAGCUCCAGGUGAUCAGAGAUAUCUGACCUCUUCAGGCACCUACAGUAAAGUACACAGAUAGCCCCUCCCAAGGCAUACUAAAAAAAUAACUAAAUAAGUCAUAAAGAAAUGCCUGCUGUACACUGAGAUAGGAGGAAGACACAUUUCUGGUAGUGGUAUACAUAUUCUACAAGGAUGGAUGCAUAUACUUUUAAAACAUGCAUAUGAGCUGGGCAUGGUGGCACAUGCCUUUGAUCCCAGCACUUGGGAGGCAGAGGUAGGCAGAUUUCUGAGUUUAAGGCCAGCCUGAUCUACAGAGUGAGUAGACCAGGCUGGCCUCAAACUCAGAAAUCUGUCUGCCUCCCAAGUGCUGAGAUUAAAGGUGUGCGCCACCACUGCCCAGCUUGUGCACACUUCUCAAAUAAAGCUCCACCUGUUCUCCAAAACCUCACAGAAGAGGUCGGGAAGAUGGCUCAGUGGUUAAGAGAAUAUACCACAUUUACAGAGGACCCAAAUUCAGUUCCCAGCACCCAUGUCAGGCAGCUCACAACACCAGCUCUGGUUGAUCUGAUCAGGGAGUCUGACUUCACCAGAUGAUUAUACUCAUAUCCACCGACCCAUAUGGAUAGACACACACACACACACACACACACACACACACACACACACACACACACACACACACCAUAGAUACAUAAUUAAAAAUAGUAAAAUAUAAAAAAGAAGAAAACUACAAACACAUAAUCAUCAAAAAGAAUCACACAAAACAUAUGUAUAUAGUUGUGAAUAUCCAGCAAACAGAUUCACAUAGUAUAUAUAUACAUAGGCACAUAUACAUAUAUACAUAUACCCUACAAUAAUAUAAACAUAUACUUAAGAAACACAGACAGACACUCAUCAAAUGCAAGUACAUAAGGAUGCUCAAUGGUGCACAAUUCCCUCCUAAUACAUAGACACAUAUCUCUUCCAACACAGCUCAUCAGCUCAACACAGGUCCAUGAAAGUGCAUGCAUACCCCUACCUUUUUCUCCAGGGCUGUUUCCCCCUCCCCCACCUGAUUCUCCAUCUUGUGUUAAUUCUGUGAAGAUUGAGAUUUUUAUGCCUUGUAUACAAGUGCAUCACCCAGAACGCAGUACAGAGUAUGUGUUUAAUAAAUGUCUUUUGAAUUCAUGGACAGAAUGUUAAAGGACACAGAUUUACAAAAAACUGGAGAAAGACACAGAAGCAUCACCAGCGUACACAUGAAAAUACCUACCCAAGAAACGUCCUCUCCACAACACAGAAGAGACACAGAUUUAGGAAUCACAGAUCAGAGAGAGAGAGAGAGAGAGAGAGGGAGGGAGAGAGAGAGGGGAGAGAGAGAGAGAGAGGGAGGGAGGAGAGAGGAGAGAGAGGAGAGAGAGAGAGAGAGAGAGAGAGAGAGAGAGAGAGAGAGAGAGAGAGAGAGAGAGAGAGAGAGAGAGAGAGAGAGGAGAGACGGAGACCUUAAAUCUCAAGUUUAGCAUAGGGAAAGCUUGUAGAUAUAAAUGCACCAGUCCCAAGUACACCUGUUUUAGGGUUGUGGAGGUGGGGCUUUGGAAGUCUCCGCCUCUUAACCAAACCACACCCCUUUCAGUUGCGGCUCUUGACUGGCCUUGGUUCGGUGGUUCUGAGGUGUCUGAGCAUCCCCUAGACUCCAGCCAGCUAACAGGUGGACAUGGCCCACGAAGGCCACUCUCAACACAGCGGCCUGGUCUGGGCCCUGCGACCGAUCCUGGCUUGGAUCUUCUUGGUGGCCUGUGGAUGGAGUCACCCACUGCAGACUAGGUCCUGGGGACACCCUGGACUGGCAGCCAAGGUGCGCACAGGCCAGCUGCAGCCGGCAGGGCACCCUCAGUCCUCGGUUCUACCAUCAUACCCAAGGAUCCAAGUUCCUGGCUCACAGACACCACCAGUGCCAGUGCCUUGCUGUACUGCAGAGAUAGACAGACCAGAGAGCCUUCUAGAGAGCUGCGGGGCACCAAGCCCAGAAUGUGAAUUCUUCCUGGGACAACUUCAAGGAGCCCUUCGCGAUCGCUUCCACCCACAGCUCUUCGGGGCACGCCCAGUGCAGCCUCUCUGCCCAGAGCUCUGCCAGAUUUGGUUCACCACCUGCCAAGCAGAUUUUAUUUGUGGCCCGACUUGGCUGCAGUCCUCUGGAGAGAGAGGCUGUGAGCCCAGCUGCCGCACCUAUGGGCAGACCUUCGCCAACGCCACAGAUCUGUGUCACUCUGUUUUGGGUCAUGUCCUGCGGGUAGCAGCUCCAGGUUCCAGUCACUGCCUCAACGUCUCCAUCUCCUCUCCAGGAGCGCGCCGCCGCCCUCGUGCCUGGAUUUCAAAUGUUGUAGGCAGUGGUAGUGGCAGCGGCAGCGGCGACAGCCCCGAGCCAAUGUUUGGCUUUCAAUACGUGUCCCUUCCCUAGGCCAGGAGCCACCCAGAGUCAUCUCCCUCUCUUCCUCUCUCCUUCCUUCCUAAACCAGGCCCUCCCACCUGUUUUCCUAGAAAUGAUCUAACCCUCACUUAUUUUGCUUCCCCAAAAUAAAGUUGCCAGCCUAGACCAUGCCAUACGACAUGGCUGCUGCUUGGGAAAACACCUGGGGAGAACUUGGCAACAAUGAUAGUCUUAGGGAAGAAUGGAGACUAGCAACGCGGUACACAGGCCGACCCUGAUGAUCUACAUUCUAUUCCCAGAACUCACAUGGUAGCAAAAGAAACAACUCCAACAAGAUGGCCUCUGUCCUCCAGGUUUGCCCUGACACUUGUGCCCCCACCCCCAAAAUAAAUAAAUAGAUAACAUAGUU